AUACUAUGAGCUCUGCCUCCUUCCCUCUUGCUGCAGCGAUGAAAGCAGAGGAGAAAACCAAGGGAAAUCCCUGGAUGAGCCAUAAAACCGUUUGUUAGAGCUGAGAUAUUCUUCUGCUAGUAGCUAGCCUGGUGAAGUCGAAGCUCUCCGCUGGUUUAGUCGAAGAUAUCUGUGUCAGAGGGGAACCUGAGCACGCUGAGAGAGACAUAGGGGGGUUUGUCGGCCCACUGCAGUCUGAAUCACCGGAGACUCGCCCCACCGCUGGUUCAUCAUCGACGUCGUUGGCCCAUCGACGUGCGCAUCCUCUCGGAGGUAGAAAACAACGGGAAGGGACGGGACCCAAGCCCGUGUUUGGCCCUCUGCCGCAGCCCCGAGGUGUGCUGCUUGGCAGAGCAUGCUAAAUAAUGAGCCAAAGGGACACACUGGUUCAUUUGUUCGCUGGAGGAUGUGGUGGUACAGUGGGCGCUAUUUUGACUUGUCCUCUGGAAGUGGUGAAGACCAGGCUGCAGUCCUCCUCCAUCACUCUCUACAUCUCUGAAGUCCAGCUCAGCACCGUCAACGGAGCCAGUGUGGCCCGCGUCGCUCCGCCGGGGCCUCUGCACUGUCUCAAGUUAAUUCUAGAGAGAGAAGGACCUCGUUCACUCUUCAGAGGACUAGGACCCAACCUUGUAGGUGUGGCACCUUCCAGAGCAAUCUACUUUGCGGCCUACUCAACAGCUAAGGAGAAGCUAAAUGGAGUCCUUGAGCCAGACUCUACCCAGGUGCACAUGGUGUCUGCUGGGAUGGCAGGGUUCACCGCCAUCACAGCAACCAAUCCCAUCUGGCUGAUUAAGACUCGUCUGCAGCUGGAUGCCAGAAACCGGGGGGAGCGGCGAAUGAAUGCGUUCGAGUGUGUGCGGCGGGUGUACCAGAUGGACGGCCUGCGAGGUUUCUACAGGGGCAUGUCAGCCUCGUACGCUGGCAUCUCUGAGACUGUUAUCCAUUUUGUCAUCUAUGAGAGCAUCAAACGCAAACUGCUGGAAUCCAAAGCCCAUGCCAGCAUGGACGAAGAGGACGAGUCUGUCAAAGAUGCCUCAGACUUUGUGGGCAUGAUGCUCGCAGCAGCCACCUCCAAGACCUGUGCCACCUCCCUCGCCUACCCUCAUGAAGUGAUCCGCACACGGCUACGAGAAGAGGGCAGCAAGUAUCGUUCCUUCUUCCAAACUCUGCUCACGGUACCCAGGGAGGAGGGAUACCGGGCGCUGUACCGCGGCCUCACCACCCACCUUGUCAGACAGAUCCCCAACACCGCCAUCAUGAUGUGCACCUAUGAAGUGGUGGUCUACCUGCUUGGCCGUUAGCCCACCAGGAUUGUCUCCUUCCUGUUUAGAGAGGGAGACAGCAAAUGACUGAGACGGAUGCCCUUUGGCAAGUGCGGAUGAGAUGUCAAAAUGAAGACCAAAGGAAAACUCAAGAUAGUCUAGCGGACCAGGAAAGGACAAAUGGAAAACACAUGAAGAAAAAGGAAGGAGGAAAUUGUUAUCAGCAUCACCACCUCCAGUUCCCUUUAUCAAGCUGCUGGGAAAGAUAGAGGGCGCUAUAUGUCACAGAAGAGGUAAUAUGGGUGGGACAAGAGAGGAGGCACUGACAGGAAAGACGCAGGAAACAGAAGGUACCUCUGAAGGAAAAGAUUUUAAGCACAUUUCAGUGGCCUUAACAGAAUGGGUUUUAGUUUGCAUCCUUCUCAUCUCUCGUAGAGAUGAUAUUGUGAAGGGGGAAUGCUUGGAGUUACAACUGAACUUGGACAACUGAACUUGACAGGAAAGAUGAUGACUAAACGUAGGUCGAUUUCAGUAAUCCAAGAAUCUCUACUUGGCCCCAUUUGU